AUGGCUGCUCGCCCUUCCGUGCCCAGGCGCAAAUCUUCUACACCACGAUAUCACACUUUUGCGACUCCGCCACCGACGUCCCGCGGCCGCCCUCCAUCUAGCGAUUCUACUCCUUUAAUCGAUGGUUCCCGGACCGACAGCGACAAUGACAGCGAUCAAAACUCCUCCGCGGGCACACCCAUACCGGUGAGGCAGAUGGCCGUCCUGGCUCUGAUAGCUCUCUGCGAGCAGACAGCGCUCAAUUCCAUCAGCCCUUACCUGCCCGACAUGGCCUCCUCGUUUCCGGACGUUGAACAUUCCAAAGUCGGCAUGUAUGUCGGGACGAUCGCGUCGUCCUUUGCCCUGGCGCAAUUUGUGACCAAUUAUUUCUGGGGCUGGUUCUCGGAUCGCAUCGGUCGCAAGCCCGUUAUCCUGCUGGGUACGAUUCUCACGGCGGCUUGCUUCGUUGCAUUCGGAUUUUGCAAGACACUAUGGCAGGCGAUUCUUGUGCAGGUGCUGAUGGGCGCGGUCAAUGGCAAUCAGGGCGUAGUCUCGACGUGCCUUGGAGAAAUAACCGACCGCAGCAAUCAGUCGCGUGCUUUUACCUAUCUACCUGUUAUCUAUGGAAUUGGAGGAAUUACUGGGCCGAUACUUGGUGGUCUCCUGGUUUCGAAGAAUACUCGUCUGGAUGAGAGGUUCCCUUAUCUUGGUCCAAAUAUUGCUUCGGCGGUGAUCUUGGUUUUCGAUUUUAUCAUGGCCUUUUUCUUUCUGGAAGAAAGUCUUGAAGAUGCUGUCAGUCUUCCUGAAAUAGGGGAAAAGGUCCGUGAUCUGUUCACCUGGCUCUGGCAAUUUACAUCUUCGACGAGACCGUCCUACUUAAGAAGUAGGAGCUCAUCCAGGCGUCGCAGAAGCUACGAUAGCGACGUAAGUACUCGCAAUUAUGUCGAAUCACCCGCCGUUCCCCUUUUCGAGCGGCGCGGGAAUCGUGAGGAUCUCGCGAGCUACGAAGUGCUAAACCGAGAUGUAUUUCUCUUACUUCUUACAUACUUGAUAUUUGCCUUGUCAAACGUCUCAUACAACUCUCUCUAUCCAAUAUUUGCUCAAGCCCCACGUCCCACCGGCCGCGAGCUUACACCACAGGAGAUUGGGUUGUCUCUCGGAUUUGCAGGCAUCGUCACGAUUGCCUUUCAAGUCUGCAUAUUUGGGAGGCUGAGAGACAAGAUGGGCAAUAGGUGGUCAUACCGCGCCGGCCUCUUUGGCUUUGUCAUCUCUUUUGCCCUAAUGCCCUUUGUUGGGUAUAAAGACAAGACUGCUCUCGAAGGUAAACUUUCCAAGGACGGUAUCCUUCUAAGCAUCGAGCUCUGCUUCAUUUUGCUCCUGAAGACCAUCGCAGCGGUCGGGGGUCUAACCAGUGCUUUACUCCUGGUUACAAACUCCGCGCCGGACAACUCCGUCCUUGGAGCCCUCAACGGCCUCGCUCAAACUAUUUCUGCCGCCGGUCGGGCUGCAGGCCCCUUUUUAUCUGGCAGCCUUUUCUCUGUGGCGACAAAAGUGCAGCCAAAGGGAGAAGCGCUCGCCUUCGGGGUUUUCGGAGGCAUCGCAUUUAUCGGCUUCCUCCUCAGUUUUGGAAUUCGGUCACCAAACCUAGAAGCAGAUGGGUGGCACGGAGGACAAGACAAUGAUUAUGACAAUGAUGACAACAAUGAUGAUCUUGAUAAAUCUGAUGAUGAAAAUGGGCACAGAGCUGUUUAA